UAACAAAAAGCUCAGGGUCAAUAAAGGCUAUUAUGAUUACACAGAUGAGAGUCAAGAAGUCAUUACUAAGGUGCGUGGCUAACUCAUGUCUCCAAAUGUAACAUAUCUUGUCUUUGGAAGCCAGGCUAAGGGACUACAUUUUAGUGUCACAAAAACUUAAAUAAUUAACCUAAAGUCAACGUAACAGUAAGAACCUACCCCAAGGUAGUGAGUAAAAUAUUCUGAGAGAGACCAUGAAAGUAUUCAAAUGUGCCAAUUACAAAGUUUGUGUCUGUUUCUUUCUUUGUCAGGAGGGAAAACCCAAGUAAUUGGGGAAAUUAAAGUUGCUCUAAAGAAGGAGGUGAAGACAGAAGGAGAUCAGCUGGUGCUAGAGAUUCUUCAAUGCAGAAAUAUUACUUACAAGUUCAAAAGCCCAGACCACCUGCCAGAUCUGUAUGUCAAACUGUAUGUGGUGAACGUAGCCACUCAGAAGAGGAUCAUCAAGAAAAAGACAAGAGUUUGUCGACAUGACAGGGAACCUUCCUUUAAUGAGACCUUCAGAUUUCCUCUCAACCCAACGGGACAUUCAAUACAGCUUUUUUUGGUGUCCAAUGGUGGGAAGUUUGUGAAGAAGACCUUGAUCGGGGAAGCCUACAUCUGGCUUGACAAGGUGGACAUGAGGAAGAGAGUGGUCAGCUGGCACAAACUUUUUGUCAGCUCCAACCUGACUAACCCUUGAGUGCCACACAAUAAGAUAAAAAAGAUCAAUUGGGAGAUAUAAUUGGUAAAAGGGAAAAAAGAAAACAGAAUAAUUUUUAUAAUAUUACCUAAAUUCAUGCAUUGAGUUUAUAGAUCAUUAGAUGAAGGUAACUAUGUGACAAUAACAUUUGCAUGUCUUGUCAGUCUAACACUGCCAGUGCACGUGUUCCUAUUCUUAUGUCAGCUCUCAAAAGACUUUGCUUGGAUGCAAACAUGCAAAGACAGUUACUGACUGAUAUUCCACGGCAAUAUGGCUUAAGGACAGUUAUGCUUUUGAUACCAUAGUUCCAUUGUAUGAUCCAUAAUUAUAAUUUUGAUAUUGCACGAUAGAACUUAACAAACUAGCCACAGAAAAGAUUUAAAAAUGACAAUUAAUGAAAAUGUGUAUAAUUGUUUAGACAGUUUGCAGACAUCAGUGGUGCUGAUGUAUUUAAAAGACACAGGAAUGCAUAACAGUUUUUGUAUGGCUGACCUUCCAAUGUAUGUCAAAGCUGAGAAAAAAAACUUCAGAUUUAAUUUAUGCAGUGAGAUGAAGAUUAAAUGUACAGUACUUCUAAGGUUUCUGUUAUUCCAAAUGCAGAUUACAGAGCAUAUCAAAGAAUUGUACAGUGUGAUAUAUAUAGAUAUAUAUAUAUAAACCUUAAAUUUA